AUGAGAAAGCCGUACCGUUUCUACAGUUUAGCUCGUCCUAAAUUGCGACAAUCAUGGAACAAGUACAACCUGUAUAACCUGUACCGCCAGACAGGCCGAGAACCCCAAAUCCGAGGCACCCCUACCUUUUUCCAGCAGAAAUGGGCGGCCAAGGCCAAGACUCGAUCGUAUCACGGAGAGCACAUUCCCGAGAAGAAAUGGGUGCGGCUCUUCUCCCGUCGACUCCUCUCUGCUGUGGACAUGCCACCAGAGUAUCUGGCGGCGCAUGAUGGCUCCGAGCAGGCCGCCGGUCGUGGUUCCGGCCUGACAACGUCAAACGUUACGGCCGAGACAUUCUCCAAGGUUCCCGCACUCAGCACUCAGGAACGCUCAAGGAGGAGACCGCUCUUUGGAGAUGUGAACAAGCUGCUGUCGGAUCAGUUCAACAACAUGACGCCUUACAUGCAGAUGACAUUUGCGCCUUUGGAGAGGAGGUUGGACACCGCAGUCUUUCGAGCUCUGUUCGCCAGCAGCGUCCGACAAGCGCGCCAAUUCGUCAUCCACGGUGCCGUCACUGUCAAUGGAAAAAAGAUGGUUCACCCCUCUUAUCAACUGAACCCCGGCGACAUGUUUCAGGUGGACGUUGAAAAGGUCAUGUACGGCACGGGCGUGCAGAAGGCAGCAGAGGCGCACAAGCGACUUCACGAGAACCUUGAGGCAAGACAAAAGAAGGCGGAUAAAGCAUUGCAGAAUGCUGUGAAGAAGUUGGGCGGCAAUGCUACCGCUGAGCAGGCCGCUGCUGAGGGAGAGGCUGAAGGCGAGAAGCCCGAGGCUGAGGCUGAGGCUGCCGAGGGUGAGACUGCCACAAGCGAAGACGCCGGAUCAUUGACUCCCGAGGCCCAAUGGAAGUUGAACAACAGGGCCUUGAAGUUUCUGUUGAAGGAUGUGAAGAAGAUUUUGAAGAACAACACCAAGGAGCUCACUGCCAAGGAGAAGAAGCAGCUCCGUCUCUUCCGUGCAGAUGCCAAGCGCUUCCUCUCACAUCCUGAGAAGAGCGAGGCGGAUGUUGUGGAACUCAUUGACGAGUUGCAAUUACAGAUGAAGAGCCACGAACUGAUGCGAGAGAGCUUUGAGAAGCUUGACCUGAAAGAAGGUCAGGCCCAAAGCCAAGUUGAGAAUGAGGCCGAGGCCGAGGUUGAGGCUGUCCAAGCCACCUCAAAGGAGGGCGAAGCGCAGCCAGUAGUCAACAGAGAACGAGAGGUUGAGAAGGGUCUGGAGGGCCUAUCAGAUGAGCAAAAGACCAAGGCCAAGCGGAUCAUUGGCGAUGCUCGGCUAUCCAAAGAGGAGAUGAAAAAGCUCGCCUGGCUGCUUAAAAUCGACGAAGAGAAUCCCGUUGACGACUCGAAACCAUACGCUACCCCGUGGAGGCCCCGUCCCUACAUGUCGGCGUUUGCCUUUAUCCCCCGUUACCUCGAAGUCAACCCCAACAUUUGCGCUGCCGUCUACCUGCGACACCCGGUCGCUCGCAAGGGCAUGGCCGAGGUGCCGACACCUUUCAGCUACCUGACUAGUCAGCUUACCCAUAACUGGUACCUCGAGCGAGGUUGA